GUCAUUGUAGAUUAGCAAAUUCCUCCGCUUUUCGCGAGUGGCAAUUUUUGCAAAUUUUCCAUUCACUUUCCGUAAUACAACCAAAAGAAAACUAAACCAACAUUAAACAACAUCAAAUAUUAUAGAAUUUGUGUAGAAAAUUUUAUUACAGACUACCUGUUAUUCCUACAGGACGCCACAUUCGUGUGUUACCAUGUCCAAUAAUGAAGAUUUGAUGAUUUUCUGCGUCUGGGAAUUACUGAAAAGGAUUAAUGGUUGAGCAAAGAGAUCAAUCUUGUGGAAUGGCGAAAGCAUGGGAAGCUACAUUGCGAAAAACACAAGCAGCUGCAAAGAAACGGGCACACAGCAUAUUUGGUUCAACAUCCAUUUCUCAUGUGAACGAUGAUUUCAUUGAUAAUGAGGCGAGCACUCAUCAUCAUCGUGGAAGUGACAGCAUUGAACCUGUACCUGUAGAGAAGUUCCUUCCAAAUGGAGAUUACUAUGUUGGACAAUGGUAUGAGUAUUGCCCACAUGGACAUGGGAAGUACUUGUGGACUGAUGGGUGCAUGUAUUUAGGAGAGUGGUUUAGAGGACAAGCUAUAGGGAAAGGUAGGUUUAGUUGGCCUUCAGGGGCUAUUUAUGAAGGUGAAUUUAAGAGUGGUUAUAUGGAUGGGAAAGGUGCUUAUACCGGCCCAGAAGGGGACGGUUAUAAGGGUUUUUGGGUGAUGAAUAUGAAACAUGGUUAUGGUGUAAUGACUUAUGAGAAUGGCGAUUUGUAUGAUGGAGAAUGGAGACAUGGGGUGCAAGAAGGACAAGGGAAAUACCAAUGGAGAAAUGGGAAUUGUUUCGUUGGAGAAUGGAGAAAUGGGGUGAUUUCCGGUCCUGGUGUUAUGGUAUGGGCAAAUGGAAAUUGCUUUGAAGGAUAUUGGUUUGAUUCUUUACCUAAUGGAGAAGGUAUUUUCAAAUGGGAUAACGGAUGCUACUACGAGGGUAAUUGGAGUAGAGAUCCGAAUAACAUGAGUGGUUCAUAUCAUUGUCCUGAAUCUGAAUCAUCACAUCAGGAAAAUUGGGAUCCUCAAGAGUUGUAUAAUGAGAUUUUGAGUGAGUGUAAGGUAUGUGCAAAUGAAAAGAUUACUGUAUUUCCAUCACAGAAGAAGCUCGCGGCAUGGAAGUCACAGAAAGGAACAGACUCAAGGGCUAGGCCUGCUCGAAUGUCAGUUGACUCGAGAAUAACUACUGGUGGACACAUGUUGGAUUCAGAAGGAAGUUUUUCAAGUGAAGGUAGUCAUAGAAGGAAUUCUGAUAGUGGAAGAGAUGGAGAUUUGGAUGGUCUCAGUCUUGAUAAUUGUACCAGUUUUAGGAUGGGACCAGGGACUCCAGGGAAACCACUAAGGAUACCUAAAGUAGGCAAGAAACAAGGUGAAACUAUUACUAGAGGUCAUAAAAACUUUGAGCUUAUGCUCAAUCUGCAGUUAGGAAUCAGGCAUGCUGUUGGAAGACCUGCUCCACCAACAUCCCUUGAUUUAAAGUCAUCUGCUUUCGAUCCCAAGGAAAAAGUAUGGACAAAAUUUCCAUCAGAAGGAUCUAAGUAUACUCCUCCACAUAGUUCCUGUGAAUUCAAAUGGAAAGACUACUGCCCUUUAGUUUUCAGAGCUCUGAGGAAGCUUUUUAAGGUCGAUGCAGCUGAUUACAUGUUAUCAAUCUGUGGGAAUGAAGCCCUUAGGGAGUUGUCUUCCCCCGGGAAAAGUGGGAGCUUCUUUUACUUAAGCAGUGAUGAUCGUUACAUGAUUAAGACGAUAAAGAAGACAGAAGUCAAAGUACUCCUAAGGAUGUUAUCAGCAUACUAUAAUCAUGUUCGAGCAUUUGAGAACACGCUAGUCACCAAGUUUUUCGGCCUUCAUUGUGUUAAAUUAACGGGUACAAUCCAGAAGAAAGUACGCUUCAUAAUAAUGGGGAACCUAUUCUGCACCGAGCACACCAUUCAUCGUCGUUUUGACUUGAAAGGAUCUUCACUUGGUCGCUCAACUGAUAAACCUGAGGAAGAGUUAGAUGCAAGUACAAUACUCAAAGACCUUGAUCUCAACUUUAUAUUUCGAUUGCAGAAGUCAUGGUUCCAAGAUUUCUGCAGACAAGUCGAUAGAGAUUGCGAGUUUCUGGAACAGGAGAGAAUCAUGGACUACAGUUUGCUAGUUGGCCUUCAUUUUAGGGAAGCUUCCAAAGCAGGGGACCUGAUUCCUUCUGGAUCCAGGACACCUAAUGGUUGUGAUGAACAAGAAAGUGAUCAAGGAGCUCCUCGACUUUCUAAAGUAGAUAUGGAUCAGCUUCUUAUUGAUCCAGCUUGGUGGGCUAGUGUUAGAUUAGGAAUAAACAUGCCGGCUCAAGUUGAGAGGGCAGUAAGGAAAAUGGAAGGAGAGUCACAGGUAUUAGAGCCAAUUGGAGAAUACUAUGAUGUUGUAAUGUUCUUUGGGAUUAUAGACAUACUUCAAGAUUACGACAUUAGCAAAAAACUCGAGCAUGCUUAUAAGGCAAUGCAAUAUGAUGCUACCUCAAUAUCAGCUGUAGAUCCUAAACUCUACUCCAAACGUUUUCGUGACUUUAUUUUCAAGAUUUUUGCGGAAGAUGCUUAGAACAGAACCUUUUGUCGAAUGUCGAUCGUACAUCACCAACGUAGCUUUCCUUUAUGGAGAAGCAAAGGAUGUACAUAACAGGUAUUUAUUGAACAAAAAAACAACUUUAUUAAGAU